AUGAAUUCCAUUGCCUUCGGGAGGCUGCCACGUUUGAUUUACGAACGGUGUUUUUGGCACAAUCCGGUCCCAGAUGCCAGGAACGUGGUGUACUUGCCGCAAGUCGAACCGAUGCCGACCGAGCAACCUCGAAACCCACGCGGCGAAGCAGCUUUCAAAUGUCCCGACUGCGGCCGUUUCUACAUGAGACAGUCCUGCUUAAAGCGUCAUUUGAGCACCGAGUGCCGCAAAACGCCGAUGUUUCAAUGCAAAAUCUGCCUGGGAUUCUUCACGUACAGGCACAACUUGAUGUCCCACAUGAGGAUCCACACCGAGGGGCCGCAGUAUAGUUGCGGUCUAUGCCAGAUGAAGUUCUACAGACGGGACAAUUUGGUGGAUCACAAGAUAAAAUCGCACAACAUCUUCCCGGUGACGUGA